AUGAAAAUGUCUUGGUGGAAGAAGAAAUUCUGCCUGUGGGUCCUGGUCUUCUAUAUGGUGCUGACUCUUAUUGCAGUGAAGCUUUCUCAACAACGGUUCAAGUGUGACUUUCAAAACCUGGAUCUGGGCUCCAAGGGCUUGCAAAGCAGGCGCUGUAGAAAUGCCUUGUACAAGUCCCUGAAGCUACCUGCAGAGAGCUCCAUCAACUGUUCUGCGAUCACCCGGGGAGAUGAGGAGGCAGUGACUCAGGCUCUUCUAAGCAACCUGGAGAUCAAAAACAAGCGAACACCUUUGAUGGACAUUGACUACCUCAACCUGACCAGAAACUGUGAGCACUUUAAGGCCAACAGGAAGUUCAUAGAGUUUCCGCUGAGCAAAGAAGAACUAGACUUUCCCAUCGCAUACUCUAUUGUGGUCCAUGAGAAGAUUGAAAAUUUUGAAAGGCUGCUGCGAACUGUGUAUGCCCCACAGAACAUAUAUUGCAUCCACGUGGAUGAGAAGUCUCCACUAACUUUCAAAGAGGCAGUCAAGGCGAUUAUUUCAUGCUUCCCAAACGUCUUCAUGGCCAGUAAACUCGUUAAGGUGGUCUAUGCAUCUUGGUCCAGAGUGCAGGCUGACCUGAACUGCAUGGAAGACUUGCUCCAGAGCAAAGUGCCAUGGAAAUACUUACUGAAUACAUGUGGGACGGACUUUCCUAUAAAGACCAAUGCUGAGAUGGUACAAGCCCUCAAGAUGUUAAAUGGGAAGAAUAACAUGGAAUCAGAGAUACCUUCUGCGCCUAAAAGAAAUCGCUGGAAAUAUCGCUAUGUGGUAACAGACACAUUGCGUAUGACAAACCAAGAGAAAGGUCCUCCUCCUGAUAAUAUACCCAUGUUCACAGGGAGUGCCUAUAUUGUGGCUUCACGAAGUUUCAUCCAACAAGUCUUACAGAACCCUAAAGCCCAGCAACUGAUUGAGUGGGUCAAAGACACCUACAGCCCUGACGAACACCUCUGGGCCACGCUUCACCGUGCACCAUGGAUGCCUGGCUCUGUCCCCUUCCACACUAAGUAUGACUUCUCGGACGUGGCUGCCAUUGCUAGAUUGGUGAAGUGGGAGAACCAUGAGGGCGACGUGAACAAGGGGGCACCUUAUCCACCUUGCACUGGAACCCACCAGCGGGCUGUCUGCAUUUAUGGGGCUGGAGACCUGCACUGGAUGCUGCAGCACCAUCACCUAUUUGCCAACAAGUUUGACCCAAAAGUGGAUGAUUAUGCUCUCCAGUGCUUAGAAGAGUACUUACGCCACAAGGCCAUUUAUGGUACUGAACUCUGA